CGUGAUGCUGAAGAAUGUAAAUCCGUGCAGCGGCUCUGCCUCUCUCUCCGCUCGAAUGAUCAUCUCAUUCAGAGACGAUCUUUAUCAGGGGAAAAAAACAACACAAAAACAAUUUAAAAAAAAACAUGAUGUGACGACACGACUGACAGGUGUAACCGGCUCGUGCAGUUUUGCAGAUACAGGAAGUGUUUCGCUGCAAGCACAUCGCGCCCUCAAAUGACCGACUGGUCCUACGGUGAAGAUGCGCUGUGAUGUCACAGUGAUGUAGACGGUGUCACCAUGAAGGGCUCCAGCUCCAGAUGGGCCUUCUCCCUGGGCUUCCUGGUGGGGGCCUGCAGCAUCUACUUCUUCCUGCGCCAGGUGUGGUUCGAGAGGAGCUACCCGGUUCUGACGGAGGCUCAGGAAAAAGCCACGGUGGCUGGGGAGAGCCCGACCAACUGGAAGAAGGAGGGAGCUGCUCUCAUCAGCCUGCUCCAUCCUCACCAUGCAGAUGAAGACAGCCGGGUGGCAGACCUGUUGUACCAGAAGGUGCGCGUUCUCUGUUGGGUGAUGACUGGGCCGUACAACCUGCAGAGCAGAGCUCGCCAUGUCAAGGCCACCUGGAGUCGCCACUGCAACGUGGUGGUGUUCAUGAGCUCCGAGGAGGACCCAGACUUCCCCACCGUGGGCCUGGGCACGAAGGAGGGCCGCGAUCAGCUCUACUGGAAGACCAUUCGAGCCUUCCACUACGUCUACGAGCACCACGUGAACGAAGCCGACUGGUUCUUAAAAGCAGACGACGACACUUUUGUGGUGGUGGACAACCUGCGCUGGAUUCUGUCCAACCACACGCCUGAAGAGCCCGUCUACUUCGGCAGACGCUUCAAGCCUUACACCAAGCAAGGCUACAUGAGCGGGGGGGCGGGCUACGUGCUCAGCAAAGAGGCUCUCAGGAGAUUUGUGGAAGGUUUUCGAACCAAAGUUUGCACACACACCACACCCGUCGAGGACCUAGCGAUGGGACAGUGUUUGGAGAAGAUGGGCGUUCUGGCCGGGGACUCCAGAGACACUCUGCAUCGGGAAACUUUCAACCCAUUUGUGCCAGAGCACCAUCUGACUUUCAAGUUCCCUAAGAGCUUCUGGUACUGGAGCUAUUGUUACUACCCUAUUGUUGAGGGUCCGCAGUGCUGCUCUGACCUGGCAGUGUCUUUCCAUUAUGUCGAAGCGGAGCUGAUGUACACUCUGGAGUACUUCACCUACCACCUGAGAGCGUACGGCUACAGGCCACGCUACCGGCCCCCCUUAAGCCGGCAUCUGAGCCUGCGCCCUGUCGCGCACACUGCCGUGACGCCGGGAAUUAAAGGGGUUCAGGAGGUGACAGAUGGAAGGAGUCACACAACUUCAGACUCCUUUGUCAGUGGGAACCAAACUAAAGUAAAGACGGUCUCGGAGAGAGGAGGGGAAGACGAUGUGAACUCUGGCGUCACUGAGAACAGGACAGCAGCCACAUAAGACGGGCACCGCUGACUCUGUGUCUCUGCUGGGGCUCAAUGUGCCAGAAAGUUUUAUGACAGGUCUUCACUGAUUCAAUCACAGAAAAUCCCAACCAGCAUGACACUGUAAGAGUUCAGUGUAGGUGGCUUACGUUUUAAUAUAUUUGCUUGGCAUGAUUCAGGAAGAAGAAGAGGAAGCAGUAGUACUGCAGAACUACCUGAUCUGAGUCAAUGAUACAGUAGCAGAUGUAUGGAAAUAUAUAUUUUUAAUGAUUUUAGGUAAUUAUUUUUAAUUUUUUUUUAAUGAAAGGGCAAAAACUGUCAGGGUGUCACACAUUUUACGUUAUCAAAUGAGAUUCUUUUGGAUGUUACUUUUCAGAUUUUUAGUCAUUUGAAAGAUGUCUGAAAUGAACAGCAAAAUGACUUGAAA